GAGACAUUCAGUUUUCAAACAAGUUCCCUACUAGUUACAGCUAAAUACAAACUCUGAAAAUUUUCGUAACUGUUAUUUUUUUCUCUUCCGUGAUCUUUGUCAAUUUACGAAAGAUGUUUCUUCGAGAUGAUACGGGAGUCAAGAAACCAUUGGUCAAUAGCACCGUCACGCCCUAUUUAGCAGCUGUACGUCGUGGACCUUUCACCAUGGUUACCCAACCGGUGUACAGCAGUCCCUUGGAGAAGGAGCCGCCAGCUGGUCCAGUUCAUCAGCACACUUUUAAUGUCAAGAAGCAGGCCUUAAAGAAUAAUCACAAAUAUCAUAGACAUAUGGUGGAAGUUCCGAUACCAAAAAAACCAAUGCCCAAGACCAGAUCUCGUGUGGUUAUCAAUGAGCAGAGGGAAUUGUAUCGUCAGCAUAGGGAACGCUUGUCGAAUAUUAAGGGCAAGGUUAAUACGUGCUUGCCCCCACCGAAAAUCAAAAUAGAGGGCAAUGGCAUGGAAUUGUCCUAUAUGGAAAUGUUGGCAUCGCUUUAUAAGAAAAGCAAUAAUACUCUAAGGACAUUUACCAAAUCACCGGAACGUUUGGCAGCCGGACGCUGGCGUAAUGCCAAUGUUGCCAGGGAGAGGGAACGCAAACAGAAUGAGCUAAACAAGAAGCUUCACAAGGGCGGUGAUCUAUUCGAUACAUCAUAUCAACAGACGCAAAAAUCAGCAAAGGAAGCCAGCAAAUCUUUCAGCUAUGAAAUACCCUUGCAUGUCCUUCAUCGUUAUGAGAAUCUAAUGAGCCAAUGUGAUGUGGGAGUGCUAUGCAAACUGUUACGUCCACAGAUCUAUAUCGAUGUAGAGGUACGCAAUACUCGCAUCCAGGGUCGUCUGUCCAUUCAAUUGUUCACAGAAGCCUGUCCUCUGGUUGUCCUUGAGUUUAUGAGGAUUUGUACUCAGCAGAAUCCGCGUUGCAUUUCAUUCACAAGGACAUUUGCCCCUAUUUGGCUAGAGGGUAAAAUCGCGCUGGAUCCUGAACGUGGCAUCGACAUGCGUAACAUUGAGCAUGAUUUUGAGGUGCUCAAUCAUGGUGUUGAUGCUGGUAUACUCUCGUUUCCCAGUCGCUAUGUGCGUGGUCAGGCCCGGUCUGCCUUGAGUUUCACCAUAAGCUUUAAGCCGUUGUCCAUACUGAAUGGUAAACGGAUUGCCUUUGGCAAAAUUCGUAAGGGUCUGCAGCUAUUGGAACGCAUACAGGAUGCUACCGGACAUCUAGGCAAAUGUCACCAUAUGAUCGUUGUGACAGGUUGCGGUCUACUUUGAUGUAAAGAUGUACUUCUCACUACUGCCAUCCCUCAUCAUUAGUUUUAUUUUCCAAAUCGUAUAGUUUUUAUCGCAAAAUUUUGGUGGAUACAAAACUUUAAUUGAGCCCAAUAUGUAAAACUCUCUGACUAGUAAAAUUAAAAUUUAGUUUAAAA